UUAAUGGAAUUGCCCGUGAAUAUGAUGACACGUACUGCAUUCUGCGAGCGCGCCAAAACAGAGUUUAUCGGUAUCCCUAACGUGGAGAUCAUUGUCCGUAACGAAGGUUCUCUUAACAUAUGCACUGAUGCCUCGACAACUUGGGAGUCUGAAAAGGACAUGCGCAUCUUACUCUCGGUAACUCAAGGGGCUGAUCAGCCUGCGAGUCACUACAAGGACGCCUGUUCAAAAGACGCACAACCUCUUGCUUUCGUGGGCAAGGGCAUCUCUUUCGACAUCGGAGGAAUCAGAUUGAAACCUUCAGCAGACAUGAAGCUGAUGCGCGGCGAUAUGGGCAUAAUCCGAACUGAGCUUGAAAUCGUAUCAUCUCUACUCGCGAUCGCUCAGCUUCAACUCCCAAUCAAUAUUGUCACCGUCACUCCAACUUGCCCGGCCCCAAAGCCAUCAAGCCAGACGAUAAUCUACGCUAUGAAUGGUAGAUCCGUUGAGGUCGACAACAUGGAUGCUGAAGGUCGUCUUGUUCUAGUUGAUGCGUUGUACUACACAUCAGCCGAGUUCAAGCCGCACACGGUCAUCGACGUUGCCACUCUCAUCGGGGCUGCGGAAGUCGCGCUGGGUGAGAUCUACACCGGUGUUUUCACGGUUCACCUCCGAAACCGACUGAGUCGCAUGCUCCUCGACGAGGACUAUGGUACACAGAUUCUAACGCUGACUUGGAAACCAGCAGGUUCAUGUACCGCUGCACUAUUCCUUAAGGCGUUCGUAGACGGCAUCAAGGCCAAGGAUGGACAGGAACCCUCUUUCACGCGCCCACCAUACCAGGAGAAAGGAAUGACUGGGCGUCCUGUUCGUGCAUUGGUAUAAUUUGUCAGACGUCUCUCAAGCCAAGAAUGAGAUGUGCAGAGAUGGGUAUUGCUCACUACGAUAGGCCUCUAUUUUGCACGUUUUGCAAAAUGUCAAUGACCAGGUUAGCGGUGAUGAAAUCUAUGUUCCCAGUCCAAUAGAAUAUUUGACUGAAUGAUUACCUGAUUUGUGUAGACUAACUUUCUGACGUUUAU